AUGUCGGAGCUUUUUGACCUGCUCAGAUUCGAUACCACGACAUCACAAAGAGAUGUGACAGAUUCCGCUGGAAAACACCCAAGCUUAUCGCCAUCGCCGCGCGGUCGUAUUGCGUGGGGCGAAAGUCAACCAAGCUCUUCACCUAAAUGCACAGGCGGUAGUGCACCUCUCCUUGCUCCUGCUACACCUGCAAAACUGCCGCCUGAUAAUCUCUUCCUCGACAAAGAAAACCAAGUUCUGGCGCAAGAUAUACAAAAGAGCCCUAGUGCAAUCCGAAGAACUCGUGUGCGACGUCGCUCAAGGACCCCGCUUCCCACCCCUUAUACCUACAACAUGUGUGCUAUCGUACCACCGGUGACUAGCUCUGCUCGUUCUGAUUAUGAACCACGCAAGCCCCUGCGCAAAAGACAUAAGGUUCACGGAAUAACUCGUAUAGAAAGCGAUCUUGGACAGGACAGAAUACCAACACCCAAGUCGCAAAAUCUGCCUCCUUGCGCUAUGGACAAGAAAAAUUGCGAGCAUCCUCAACCAAGCUCAGAUGACAGUUUUUCUCGUGUGCUAGACGAAGAUUUCCCUAUCGACGCAUACGCUCUUGAGCAAAUCGCUGCACAACAGGGAUGGUAA